AUGAUUCCAGUGAUAAUUCGUAUCUUGUUCAUGUCGAGGAAAUACCGUCCUUCCUUGCCCCCCACUCCUAACAACAGUCUAUCGGAUCCGCUCAUGACGCUCAUAGACACGGCGUGUGUGGGGCAGCUGGGGUCGCUGCACCUCGCUGCUCUCGCUCCCAACGUCUCUGUCUUCAACUUCAUCUUCCAGACCUUCACCUUUCUGGGCACAGCAACGUGUGCACUGGUGGCGCGCCAAUCCACGCCCCAGCCCACCUCCGCUGCACAGUCCCAGCAGAACCUACUGGCCAGCAGGGCAGUGACAGCAGCAAUGCUGCUGGCGGUGGUGGUGGGGUCACUGCUAGCCCUCGCGCUGCUCCUCUCUGGCCCCUCGCUUCUCCGAGCCAUGGGCUGCCGCCCACCCUUCCUACUACCCGCGCUGCAAUACCUCCGCAUCCGUGCCCUCUCUGCGCCCUUCGUGCUAGCUAUUCUGGUGGCGCAGGGAGCGUGUCUGGGGCAGCAGGACUCGGUGACGCCGCUGCUCAUAUUCGCUGCUGCUGCUGCGGUGAACGUGGCAGGGGAUGCACUACUAGCGCUGUACAUGGGAUGGGGUGUGCGGGGAACAGCGUGGGCCACACUCCUGGGUCAAGUGCUAGCUGCACUCAUCUUUGCUGCAAGACUGAGACCACGAGAAUUGGUGGAGACGAAGCAAGGGAGAGAACAAGGAGGGCAGCAACGGAGUGGAGGUAGAGGAGCGGAGCCCAGCAGAAUAGAAGGAGCCGCAUUGUUGCGAGAAGGUUUGGCGGAGCAGCAUGAUGGGGGGCCGUUUCAACAAAGUGAGCCACAACCUUUUCAUGCAGCUCAAAGUCACCCACAAUUGCAACACCAACAGCAGCAGCAUCAACAGCAGCAGCAGCAGCAGCAGCAGCAGCAGCAGCAGCAGCAGCAAGAUCAGCAGCAUCAGGAGCAUGCUCAAGUCAUAAAUCACCAUCACCAUCACCAGCAGGAGCAACACCAGAAGCAGCCCUCCAAGCGUCAGCUGCAGAUAUCAGUGCGGUGGUUCGGGUGGGGCCUUCAGGAAGAGGCAGCUGCGAUUGCAAGGAUGGCUGCGCCGCUCGUCACGAGGUCGAUGCUAGGCAUGGUGGUGUACACGCUGUUGGCGCGCGGGGCAGCGACAGUGGGCGUGGUGGCCAUGGCUGCUCACCAAGUCGCUAUGCAGGUGUUCUGGACUUUCAGUUACUUUGCAGAGCCGCUCUCCCUCGCAGCACAGUCCCUGGUGGGCCGAGACAUCAAGAGCAGACCUGAGCGUGCAUCGCGCACGGCACGUCAGCUGCUGCUAAUGGCGACAAUCACAGGGGGCGUGCUGGCGCUGCUGGUGCUCACGCUCUCCCUCUGCGCCUCACACCUGCUCUCCUCCGACCCGGGCGUGCGUCGCGCCGUCAGGAGCGUGGCGUGGCACAGCGCUGCAUGCGAGUGCCUGUGUGCUGUGUCCAUGUCCCUCGAAGGCAUUGCCAUCGGUGCAGAUGAUUUCGGCUAUCUUCCAAUCAUGCAGCUGCUCAACCUUCUUGUGGUUGCCGGCGCGUUUUUCGCCUUACUCCGCAUUGGCCUCACGUUGACCUCCCUCUGGUGGCUGCUGGUGAUAUUCUUCACGUUCCGCAUAGUGUACCACACACUGUACAUCAUAUCACGAGGCUCCAAGCAUCGUUUCUGCUCCCCUGCUGCUACGACAACCAUCGUCUCAUUCAAGCACCCUUUAUCAGGCCGAUUCAAGAUUCAUACUUCCUUCUCUCGAGCUGUUGGCGAGGUUGCUAUUCGAAUCCGUCCCGUGCUUAUGGCUGCUCGUCUGCAAGAAUGA